AUGAGGAUUAUGGUGGUUGCCACGUAUAUGGAUGGGUAUGCUUACAGAUGCUCUUCUAAAGCAUGCAGAUCAAAGGCAAGCCUAAAGAAGGGGUCUAAAAUGGCCUCUCUGAAUAUAGAAUUUGUUAAAAUUCGUGGGGGAAUAUAUUGCUGGGUAUAUGAUUAUACCCCAACUCGGGCCAUUGAUUUAUGCGAUUGUUCGAAGACUACUUAUAUUUAA